CAGUUCGAGGUGUCCAUGUCACAGCUAGUCAAAGUGGAUGAAGUCAAUCAGAUCAUGGAGACAAAUCUGUGGCUGAGACAUAUCUGGAAUGACUACAAGCUCAGAUGGAAUCCAAGGGAUUUUGGAGGCGUUGAGUUUAUCCGGGUGCCGUCAAAUAAGAUAUGGAAGCCAGACAUUGUGCUCUACAACAAUGCUGUCGGAGAUUUCCAGGUUGAUGACAAAACGAAGGCCCUGCUUCGUUACAAUGGUGAUGUUACCUGGAUCCCUCCAGCCAUAUUCAAGAGCUCCUGCAAGAUCGACGUCACUUACUUCCCCUUCGACUACCAAAACUGCACCAUGAAGUUCGGCUCCUGGACGUACGACAAGGCCAAGAUCGAUCUGGUGCUAAUUGGCUCAACCAUCAACCUCAAGGACUUCUGGGAGAGCGGCGAGUGGACGAUCAUCGACGCCCCUGGUUACAAACACGACAUCAAGUACAACUGCUGCGAGGAAAUCUACACGGAUAUCACUUACUCGUUGUACAUCCGCCGUCUGCCACUUUUCUACACCAUCAACAUGAUCAUCCCCUGCCUCCUUAUCUCCUUCCUCACUGUGCUCGUCUUCUACCUGCCAUCUGAUUGCGGGGAGAAAAUCACUCUGUGCAUCUCUGUCCUGCUGUCUUUAACGGUCUUCCUCCUCGUCAUAACAGAGACCAUCCCCUCCACCUCGCUAGUCAUCCCCCUGAUUGGCGAGUACCUCCUCUUCACCAUGAUCUUUGUCACCCUCUCUAUUGUCAUCACCGUUUUUGUGUUGAACGUCCACUACCGCACACCAAAGACCCACACUAUGCCCUGCUGGGUGCGGACUGUGUUCCUGGGGCUGUUGCCCAGGGUGAUGUUCAUGACCAGGCCAGAGAGGGACCCUGAGACGGUGGCAGUGACCAGCAGUGUUCAGACGAUGCAUUCAAAGCCCUGUGCCGUGCAUUCAUCAGGUAUUUUGCAGAAGAAGCACAAACCUCAGGCCCUGGCGUCCAGCGUGGUGUCCAGCCUGACAAACCGCCAGCGGAUUUUCAACAACACAGAGCUCUCCAACCUCAACAACUUAAGUGGAGAACCAGCCAAAGGUGCAGGCCCUGUGUUUUUGUGCUGCGAGGGCCGUUGCAACCGUUGCUGGCACCAGAGAUCCAGCAAACUGCCUGCAGACUCUGGGGGAGGGUGCGGAGGAAUGAGCAGCCUGGGGGCGCUGACUGGAGGCAGUGCUGUCGGGACUGGAGGGGAGAGUCAGGGCUCCAGCUCAGAGUCUCUAGAUGGAGGAAUAAUGUCCCUGUUGCCCCUCUCCCCUGAGGUCAGGGAGGCUAUUGAGAGUGUCAAAUACAUAGCAGAGAACAUGAGACUACAGAAUGAAGCAAAGGAGGUUCAAGAUGACUGGAAGUACGUUGCCAUGGUGAUCGACCGGAUUUUCCUUUGGGUUUUUAUCCUUGUGUGCAUCCUGGGAACAGCUGGCCUGUUCCUCCAGCCUCUAUUACUUUGGGAUGACAUUUGA